CACAUCCGACUCAGCGGCGCGCGGUAUGUUUGUCCGGUUUGUCCACAGUUAGCUGUCUCCUUUUCUCUACUGUUUUCUCUAUUUCGGCCGUUGUUAAUAUAAAAUGGCAACGUCUGGAUAAAGUAACUCGUAGAAAAUUUGGCGUGGCCUUAUGAACAGAAGAGUAGUCUGCGUCUCGCAUUUACGCACUGUUGAACUUCCUCGGUGGCUUUCGCCAUGUCCCAGACCAACACUUCUCUCCUGGACGAGGUGGUGCAGUGGAGUCAGGAAACCUGUCGCCAGCAGCUCAAGUCCGUCCUGCCCAAACUCACUUCUUUGCAUCAUAAGUCUGACAGUUGGGACGAUCAUAUACGUAUACUGAGGAUAAUUACAGAUUUGUUCAUCCCUCACAUUGGUUUGUCAGAGCUGGAAAAUGAGUGCUUCUCCAAGAUCUUGCCUAAGGUAGUCACAAUGUUUGACAGCAUGCUGAAAGAGAUUAUGGACCAAGUUGGUGGACUGUCAAGCCAAAACACUGAAUUGUGCGCCUUACUGAGGAACAUUUUACAGGCAAUGAUGCAGAUAAUCUUUGCACUGUCUUCUUGUGUGCGUCACGUUGGCUCAUUUGAGGAAGUCCCUGAACUUGAUGCUAUCCGCUCGCUACCGACUUGCAUCCUGAAAGUCCUGAGGGAAACCUUUCGCCACUGUAAGGAUAGUGAGGUGAUUUACUGUGGGCGUCUCUCCUUGGUGGCAGACCUGCUGCAGGGACUCUUCAAGGAGGCAUAUUCCCUCCAGAAGGGUCUCUUGGAGCUGCUGGAUAAAAUCUCUCUCGACAGCAAUGCCUCAGAGGAGGAGGUCUCUGACAUUGUUUCAGUGAUUCAUAGCCUUCUGGAUAUCUGCUCUAUCAUUUCCAACCUCGACAUAGCACUGCACGCAAACACAUGGAAGUUCCUCAUCAAACAGAGUCUGAAGUACCAGUCAUUGGUGGAGGAGCAUCUACAUCACGGUGACAUCAGUAACAGUCUGUGUGACAACCUGUUGGCUUCAUUCCACAACUGUAUAGAGUUGGCUGAACAGAUUAAACAUGCUGGUCUGCAGGAGGCUACACAAAGCCCUGAAUACAAGUUGUUCCAGAAAACUGCAAAGAUGUGCAGAUUUUUUGCCAACACUUUGGUUCAUUACAUAAAGGAAUUCAAAUUCUUCCUGACAAACUGUUGUAGCUGCUUUCACCAACUCUACUUGCAGAUCAUGAGUAAGUUUCCUCCCAGCUUGUCUGCUCCAGCUCUACCCGUGGCUCUGUCUGAAGAGCUGAAUGCAGCAGCUCUGGUUCCCAUGGAUGCCUUCUUAAUACAGCUUUUGGCACUAAGGCCCUUCGCUGAAGUUGUCCUCCGGCAGGACUUGCGGUUAAGUCCUGAACAUGAGCUUCCUCAGUGUCUCUUGCUGGUAAACAUCAUGGGAAAGCUGGGCAGUCAACCAGAAGAGGUGCUGCAGCUUUGGUACACUGGUAGUCAAUUUUCAGAGGAGAUCCCAAGGCUUCCUCUCUUUCAGGCCACAUUUACUAGUUUCCGACGAUGCUACGCUGAGCGUAAGGUCCCUGUACUGUUGCCAGGGGUGAUGUUGAAGGGCAAAGCACAAGUCCAGGUCACCCUUCACCACCACAUCUGUGUGCAUCUCUGUGCCAACGUUGCUUUGCUCUCCCCAGUGUACUUUCCCUUGCUGGAACGCUGCUUGGUCGAUGCUGUGCUGCAGGCUGAUACUCAAACAGCUUUACUGGCAACAGAUGUGUGGUGUUUUACAGCACGGUAUGGGACAGCAGAACUUUGCCUACAUCAUGUCCUUCUUGUUGCUCAUCUGGUCAAAGUGUGCACUGCUGAGUGUAACAAGGUUCUCCACCUGGGCUUGCUGCUCAAACGCAUGGUUUUCCUUAUGACGCCACAACACCAGAUGGAGCUGGUGGCGCAUUUCCCUCCUUCUGAAGUGGAAAACCAUCCGGUGUGGCGCCACAUCCUCCUCAGAGCUCUUCCACAGGACACCCGCCACCGUGUAGAGAUGGAUGUUAUUGCCUGUGCCCAAAAAGUCCUGACUGACUGGCAAACUGGAGGAUACAAACUUGGACAAGUGGACAAAAUGAAUGCGGUGCUGUUGUCCCUCCUGGCAGUAGUUCGGGGCCAGUCGUCUCCUGGAGAACAGUGUGUGGCCUCUUCAGUGAGGAUAGUCACACAGAUCUGGUUACGGAUGAGUCCAGAGCAGUUACAGACUCACCCCGUGCUCCAGUGCACACUACAGCUGCUGUUGUCAAUAUCAGCCGUUUUAGUGAAAAACAUUGAACCUCAAGUCAUUUCUCAGGCUCUGCUCUGUCUGGAUGCGGCCGUUUCUCAGAAGUGUGAGGAUCAGCUGCAGCUGGCUGCUCUGGAGUUCCUCUCCUCCCUGGGGAAGGUCUUUGUCCCUUCUGACAGCCAGAGUCAAAUUCUUCUUAGGCUGAGUAGCCUGUUCGGAGUUCUUUUGGCUGACAGAUGCUGGCUGCUACAUCAACACGCCUUGGAGGCCUUUUCUGGCUUUGCAGAGAAUACAAACCAUGAAGAGGUAAUUUCCCAGAGUCUGUGUGAAGAAGAAACCAAGACCAAAGUGGUCAAUUAUCUAAGCAAGACUGUGAAUGCUCGGGAAGAUGUGGGGACACGGCUACAGAGGCUCAAACAGGAAGCUUCAAUAAUUGAGCAGCACAAUGAGACGCUGGAGGAAAGCAAAGACAAAGUUUCCAGCAAACCAGCAGAUGAAGCUGUUGCAGAUUCAGAGCCGUGCCCAAAGAGAGCUCGGCAGGAGACGAGUUCAGAGGAGGAGUACAGCCGCUGCCUCCAGACGGCUGAGAGCGCUUUAAAAGCCCUUCAGGCUCUCAUUGAGGGCAAAGACAACACAACUGCACCACUUCCACAGUGGCUGGAAUCCAGACUACAAGAGCUGCAGACCCUCAUAAUCCAGAUCAGAACAGUCAGACACACGACCUAGCAGCUCCAGAUUGUUUUCCAGCUUCAAAUCAUUCACUCUGUACAGAAAAAUGGCUCAGUCAGCCCUGGAUGUCUGCACAGCUCUUUUGCCGCAACUGAAAAUAGUUUCUAAUCUUGUCUUUUUUAUACUGUCAUUCUUGAUUUUUUGUUACUGUUUAAUAAACUUCUAUGAAUACCAAA